GGGAAUAAAGCGGCCGAGGAUCACGGAGGAUGUCUCAUGGAAGUGGACAAGAUGGCCGAUCAGUCCUGGGAAUGUUGUCCGCGCAGGUGGAGCGAGACCCAAAGACCGGGGCCACCUGCGUGAGGUCUGUGGCCCCCGUGUCGGCGGCGGCGGCUGCGGCAGGUGUUUCCACGGCGACCACCGUCUACGACGACGGCAGGAAGUGCAUCCGUGCCGUCGGCGGCUCGGGGGGCCGGCCCUCGAGCUCGGAGCUCGGCCAGAUCCUCAGCGCCGCCGACGGGGUCGGGAUGAAAGCACUGCUGGACAACGUCCCGGGGACACCCAACGCCGCGGAGACGGAGACAGAGACGGAGGACGGAGACGCCGGCAGACGUCCACAUGGAAACGUCCUGUCUCUUUCUACCCAGCAUGCCACGGCAAAGGAAGACAGAUCGCAGGACGCAGGCAUGACGGCGGUGAGAGACAUCGCAGGACCAAUUGAUACCGUGGAGGAUCUGAGUUUGGACGCAGGCCCGGUGACUCUGGUGUUCCUGGGAUACGCCGACGGGGACAGAGAGGACGGCGGAGACGCCAGCGAAGGCAUGCUCACGGCGGAGCGAGUGAUCAUCACCGACGAAGGAGAAGAACACGUCGUAGGACCUGAGGACGGGAGGAAAGAGCCCCGAGUGUUUCAGGACGUCCCCCUGGACGGAGACGGGGCAGGGGUCAAAGUCCCGGGAAAAGCAAACGGAGACAACGCUAACAAACGCAAGACCUGCCGGUGCUGCUCCGUCAUGUGA